GGUAACUAUGUUUGCUGAUUCUGAUGGAGAUCUGGUUGGCUUCGAGUCUUGCUGGCGGAAACAGAGGUCAGUGAGAGAUGACUCUACACAGACAAGUGAAAUACUAACUUACGACAAGGAAAUUCAGUCAGUGAUAUCAACAGAAAUAGAGACGCAGACGGAUCCUGAAGAGGACAAACGUCCGUUAGAGUUGGUGGAAGAUAAAUCCGAGAAACUCUUGGAAUUUCUCAGGAGGGUUGAAGUGUCCGUUUGUACUCAGUUGGAAAGGAAUUUACAGAGCCAUGCAUUUGAUGGUUAUGACGUCCGAUGGUCGGAUGAAUUCUGGUCAUUAUCUUGCCUACACACACUCAACCAUGCAGCCGUCAGCAGUCACUUACAGUGCACUGACGUAUCAUGGAACUGUACAGGCAGUGUGUUAGCCGUCGCGUAUGGAAGAUUUGACCACGAGGGAUCGUCUUCCCAUCAGUCGUUUCUUUGCACGUGGAAUAUUGAUCGACGUGUUGUGAAUCCCAAUAAAGCCGACGUCACAAUCGAGCUUUCUACGAGUCUCAUGUGUGUUGCUUUUCAUCCGAGUCUACCGUCAGUCAUUGCUGGAGGAACAUUUAGUGGAGAAGUGAUGGUAUGGAAUACAAUGCAAGAGGACGAGGCAGCUGUGGCAACAUCCGGCAUCGGCGACAACUCACAUAAAGAUGCUGUAGCAAAGGUGCUUUGGAUUCCAGACCCUCACACACUGAGCAGCAACAAAUUCGUUUUGCUCACGGCUGGAAAUGAUGGGAGAAUUCUGUUGUGGCAGUUCAAUCCGAAAUCCCAUCAACUCAAACUCAUUCAAAGGUAUGUGAUGUUGACAGACAGUGUUCCUCGGAGAAUGAGAAUUAGUAAAGCGCCCGGGAAUUCUCCAAUGGGAGUCACGUGCUUGUCAUUUUCACAUGAAAACAAGACCCAGUUCAUCGCUUGCACAGAAAACGGUGGCGUCUUCAAGUGCAUUCUGUCAGAUGUACACACAGGAUCUGAUCAUGAGCAUUGUCCAAUUACGUUUACGUAUGUUGCGCAUCAUGGUCCCGUGUAUGGUGUGGAUUGUUCACCAUUCCAUCGGAAUCUGUUUAUUACAUCGAGCACUGAUACAACAAUACGGAUCUACAAUAUGCUGCAGUCUAAACCAGUGAUGUGUAUUGAGCCUGGUGCUGGAUAUGUGUUUGCUACUGGAUGGUCACCAAUUCGUCCAAUGGUUCUAGCCGGAGCCACAAGCGACAAACAACUACAGUUCUAUGAUCUCAGGGAGAGUCACAUCACACCAGUCACAACCGUUGAGCACAAGAAAGGACUCUAUACCCUUCAGUUCAACACAAAACGGCAUCGAUUGAUAGCAAGUGGAGACGCAGGCGGUACGGUGAAAGUGUGGCAACUGAAUGACGAACUGGUAACACAAGGCUUGCACGAGAUACAAGAACUAGACCAACUAGCCGAGUUUGGUCUUGAUUAGAGUCGCACGCUGAUGGCGUGUAUGCUGGUGUGUAGAUGGAUGGAUUGAUCACAAUGUGUGAUGUCGAUUGGUUAAGUCAAUGGAUUAUACUGUAUAAUAGAAUGUGUAUAUUUCUUAC